AUGCCCAGACACAACACGUUCAAGAGGCGUACUCAAAAAAUAAGCAGAUCGCUCAUCCAGAAAUAUCUAGUAGACUCCGAUGCUGAUGAUGAUGUUGAUCAAGACACUGACCAUGGUGACUCGCCCAAUGUCAGAAACUCGCAAUCUGAGAACCACGAACGCAGGAUACCAAAGUGUGCGUCUACAGAAAAUCUACUUUGCUGCAAAGCUUGGCUCGAUCAGCUGUGCGAGCAUGAGCAGACUCUAAAAGGUGACAGCAACUGGUUAAAAGGACGCGAUGAAAGGAAGUUGUCCAGCACAACGGAAAAGGGCAGCUCUCGCCAUGACCUGACUGGCGAACAUGUUCCCAUGGAUGAAGGAGUUCUUCAACGAAUUCGCGAUGGGCAUGGGCCACGAGAUCAAAUCUUCGACGACCUCCUUGCUCCUCUGCGUGCGAGCAGCCCUCCAGGCCACGGUGCAGAAACAUAUGAUGAAAUGAAGAAGGUUCUUCUGGCUUGGGACGAACGUAUGCUUGGGAGUCUGGAAGAAGAGAAAAGCGCAAGAGUGAUGCUGAAGAUUGCCAGCGAGAAACGAUCCAAGCUCUUGGAACAUUUGAGUUAUAACCUGGAUGAGAAGCAGGCCUCUGAUGAUGCUUCGGCAGAGCUCUUGCAUUCCCUGACAGCUCUGAGACCGGAGAUUGCAAGCUUCAAGAACCACGACCACCCCGACGUCCUGUUGAUGAGCAUAGCACGAUUGGAGCUAGACAUGGCGGAAGUCGAGCGCUCAGAGGCAAAGACGCAGGCGUUUAGGGAGAAGAUGCGCGAGACUGCAGCCAAGAGGCUGACAGACAAGGUCAAGAACGCUCGCAGAGACCUGAUGCAUGUGAAACUGAAGGAGAGGCAGGAGUUGACAGCACUGCAGACAGCGCAGGAAUGGGCGGCUCCCGACAAACUGUCAAAGAUGAUAUGCUGGCGAGAACAGAAAACAGCAUGCGACCAGGAGAUCAGCAAGCUGCAGCAGGCUCUUCAACAGCAGGUGCCUGAACUGGAUGAACAUAUCCAGGCUACUCAGAGCAAUGCAAAAGCCCUGGCUGAUAUGAGUGCCAGCCGACUGCCCCGGAUAUUGGAGGCUGGCUUCUCUUUUGAAGAUGAGUCCACAUCGAUGCCAGUGGAACCGAAUGGAUCUGAUCUCAAGACCUACCUGACUGGGAGUCUGGCCGACAUUCUCCACGCACGAGAAGAGGCCGCCAAGAUGCUCACUCGAAUGGAUACGGUUGGGAAUCAUCUUGAGGUACUGCUAGAUGCAGCGAUGCACCAGUAUCGUGAGUACGACGGGCUCUCGCGCUUGCUCAACCCAGCAGCAUCGCUCAGCACAGACGGCGAUGCAGAAGUGGAGCUUGCUGAGAAGUACGGGCCACGCCGAGAGAGUAUUUUGCUGAUGAUUAGAGGCGCGCAAAAGGCUAAAGAUUCGUAG